AUGCAGACGACAGCUGCGCUUCUAAGAGCCUUUCGACGAAGCGUACAAACUACGCACAUCCUUUCUCGCUCUGGGUUCUUAGGCUGCGUGGGGCUCUGCGCUGUGGAGGCGCCCCGCGCUGCAAACGAGCCAGUGCGCUGUGGUCCAGAACGCCGACUCCUCUACGAGGCAGCAGCGACAGCGAGGUUGCUGUCAAGUUCGGUAACAUGCGCAGGUUUGCGGUUAAGCAGCCCGGAAACUUCAUCAUCUCAUCUGAGUUCGGUGCAGAAUGGUGCACUUCUGGCGGCUGAGGCGCUGCGAAAGUCACAGCGCGCGGCGCUCACGAGUUCAAGCUCGGAUAGCGUCGCGCCCCUGGCUGGCGACGGGGCCGUCGCCAGUCGCGCACCGCAGUCGACCGCUUUGCCUGUUGGGUACGCGGACGAGUACUUUCGAGAGCCUCACUUGUUACCUCGUGGCGAUCCGACCAGGCGGGCUUUCACAUAUAUGAUGCUUGGGUCGGCGAAGCUUGUCGCUGCUUCAGCUGUGCGUGUUCUGCUCUUAAAGUUUAUCUACACCAUGAGCGCCUCUGCGGAUGUGCUUGCGCUUGGUACGGUCGAAGUCGACCUGUCGGCUGUCCCGUUGGGCCAAACCGCGACGAUCAAAUGGCGCGGGAAACCUGUGAUGAUUCGGCAUCGCACACCAGAGGAGAUCGAGGCUGCUCGACGUGAUGAUAAUGCUCCGCUGCGGGACCCCGAGACCGACGCCUCAAGAGCCAUCAACCCGGAGUGGCUCGUGGUAGUUGGCGUGUGCACCCAUCUGGGAUGCGUUCCAAUCGCAAACGCUGGCGACUGGGGUGGAUUCUUCUGCCCGUGCCAUGGCAGUCAUUACGACGUUAGCGGGCGAGUGCGGAAAGGUCCAGCUCCGUUGAAUCUUGAAGUUCCAACAUAUUCAUUCACAGAUGAUGGCAAGAUUAUAAUUGGCUGA